AGAAUUCAAAUUUUCGAAUUAAAAAUAUAGAGACCGGAGAAAUCAAGAAGCUGAAAGCAGUUGAAUUGGGUUAGGAAUUAAGGGCAAGGAAUCGGAAUCUCAAUGCUUCCAAUGGCGGACUCUUCUCUUCUCCAACAUUCGCCACUUCUCAGAAACCUUAUUCACAAACCAUCCAUUGCCGCCUAUUUUUUUGAGCUGCGGAAAAUUGUUUCCUCGAGCUUGCAAUUCGGAAAAAUUCUGUAUAUUAGAAAUGGAAGUAGAUGAGAGAAUGCUGGGCGAACUCGAAGCAAUGGGAUUCUCCAAGAAACUGGCCGCAAAGGCACUUUCUUCUUCUGGUAAUUCGAGUAUCGAGGAUGCUAUUAAUUGGCUUGUUGAUCAUGGGGAUGAUGCUACAAGUGAACCUUCAGUGGAACCUGAGCUUCUCGAAGACAUAAACAUUGAAGCAUCUUGCCCCAUUCAGAUUUCGGAACAAGUUAAGUUGAGAGCACAGGAGCUGAGGGGUCAAGCACGUAAAAGGAGAGCAGAGCAAGAGAAGAAACUAGAUAGAGAAAGGGAGACGGGAAGAAUUCGAAUGGGGAAAGAACUGUUAGAGGCUAAACGGAUGGCGGAAGAAAGUGAAAGGAAAAGAUUUAUAGCACAACAGAAAGCAGAUAAAGAGGAAGAGAAAAGAGCACGGGAAAGAAUUCGUCAGAAACUGCAGCAGGAUAAGUUAGAAAGACGCGGGAUGCUUGGAUUGCCUAGGGAAGUUCCUGCACCUGUGAAUACUGGAUUGCCACAAGAAACAAAUAACCCAGAGCCAGUCGAUCCUGCUGUUUUGCCUGAAACGCCUGCUUCAGCAAGAGAGCACAUGAGAGAAUGUUUAAGAAAUCUCAAACAUCAAAACAAGGAUGACAAUACCCGAGCCACAAGAGCUUUUCAAACUCUCUUGAUCUAUGUUAAAAACGUCUUUAAGGAUCCCAACGAGGGGAAGUUCAGAAAGAUCCGCAUCAGCAAUCCUGUAUUCCAGGACAGAGUCGGCAGAUUCGAGGAAGGUGUGAAGUUUCUUGAGCUCUGUGGGUUUGAGAGAGUUGAGGGAGGCAACUUUCUGUUUCUACCUAGAGAAAGAGUUGACAGAAGCUUGUUGAAGUCUGCUGCUGCAGAGUUGCAUAAUGCAUUGACAAAUCCUUUCUUUGGACUCUUCUCAGCAUAAAUUGGGCUUAAAAUCUCUUUUAUUUUCUAGUGUUUUUCCCCAAUUUGAACAGAUUGUGCUAUAAAUAGGUGUAUAGUAACAUAAUGAUUUUAGAAUAAUGCAUGUGACAUUUGCCUUGUUUUUCA